AUGGCCUGUCUUACAAUGACAAAUAUGGAAGGUACAGCAGCUUCUACUGUCCACCAGAAUGGUGACAUCCAUGGGAAUACCAGUGCACCCAAGCAGACAGAACCGUUGCUUCAAGUGUAUCUUUACCAUUCUCCUGGGAAGACAGGAGGGGAUUACCUUCAAUUUCCAGCUGGAGAAUAUGUUGCAGAAGAGAUUUGUGCUAUUGCCUGUAAAGCCUGUGGUAUCAUGCCAGUGUAUCAUAACAUGUUUGCACUCAUGAGUGAAACAGAGAGAAUGUGGUAUCCCCCAAAUCACAUCUUCCAUGUAGAUGAAGCAACCAGACUCAUCCUGAUUUACCGGAUAAGGUUUUAUUUCCCCCACUGGUAUUGCAAUGGUACCAGCAGAGCAUAUCGGUAUGGCAUUAUUCGAGGUGCAGAAAGUCCUGUUCUUGAUGAUUUUGUCAUGUCUUACCUAUUUGCACAGUGGCGAGAUGAUUUUUUGGAUGGAUGGGUACAAAUGCCUGUUACUCAUGAAACACAGGAAGAGUGCCUUGGAAUGGCUGUUCUGGAUAUGAUGAGAGUGGCUAAAGAAAAGGACCAAACCCCACUGGCUAUUUACAAUUCAGUCAGUUACAAAAUGUUUUUGCCUAAAUGUGUGCGAGCAAAAAUCCAAGACUACCACAUUUUGACACGAAAAAGAAUAAGAUACAGGUUCCGCAAAUUUAUACAACAGUUUGGUCAAUGCAAAGCUACCGCCAGAAACUUGAAACUUAAGUAUCUUAUAAAUCUGGAAAACCUUCAGUCUGCCUUCUAUUCAGAGGUUUUUGAAGUAAAAGAACCUGGUGGAGAUCCUUCUGGAGAGGAAAGUUUUGCAACAAUUGUAAUAACUGGAAAUGGUGGAAUUCAGUGCUUAAGAGGAAAACUUAAAGACUGUGAGACAUUGGCAGAGCAGGAUUUACAAACAUACUGUGAUUUUCCUGAUAUAAUUGAUGUCAGCAUUAAACAAGCAAGCCAAGAAGGCUCCAGUGAGAGAAGAAUUGUCACCAUUCACAAACAAGACAGCAAGAAUCUGGAGGCUGAAUUUCAGUCAUUAAGAGAAGCUCUCUCCUUUGUAUCGUUAAUUGACGGAUAUUACAGAUUAACUGCGGAUGCCCACCAUUAUCUCUGUAAAGAAGUAGCACCACCAUCAGUCCUUGAAAAUAUCCAAAGCAACUGCCAUGGACCAAUUUUCAUGGACUUUGCUAUCAGUAAACUGAAGAAAGCAGGGAAUCAGACUGGCUUCUACGUUCUUCGUUGCAGUCCUAAAGAUUUUAAAAAAUACUUCCUCACCUUUGCUGUAGAGCGUGAGAAUACCACUGAUUAUAAGCACUGCUUAAUUACAAAGAAUGAGAAUGGAGAAUAUAAUCUUAGUGGAACCAAGAGAAGUUUUGCUAAUCUGAAGGAUCUGUUGACCUGUUAUCAGACAGAAACUGUCCGUUCAGACAGCAUAAUUUUCCAGUUCAUCAAAUGCUGUCCUCCAAAACCAAAAGAUAAAUCAAAUCUCCUAGUCUUCAGAAGCAAUAGUGUCUCUGAUGUACCUUCAUCACCUACGCUACAGAGGCAUAAUAAUGUCAACCAGAUGGUCUUUCACAAAAUCCGGAAUGAAGACUUGGUAUUUGAGGAGAGCCUUGGGCAGGGCACAUUUACUAAGAUUUUCAAAGGUGUGAGGAAGGAAGUAGGAGACUAUGGCCAGCUUCAUCAAACUGAAGUUCUUUUAAAGGUGCUGGAUAAAGUGCAUAGAAACUACUCUGAGUCCUUCUUUGAGGCAGCAAGUAUGAUGAGCCAGCUUUCUUACAAACAUUUGGUGUUAAAUUAUGGAGUCUGCGUAUGUGGGGAGGAGA